ACAUGGUGCGCGGCGCGGGGGAGCGCGAGCACCGCGUGCGACGUCAGCGCCGCGCGCCGGGGGGAGCGGGCACCGAGCGGCGGGGCCCGACCGGCACCGGCACCGCCCGGGACACACCCGGCCCCAGCGCCCCGCUCCGCGCCGCCCGCCCGCCCCGCGCCGCCGCGCCCGCCGCAGCGCCUGCCGCCGCGGGAGGAGGAGGAGGAGGAGGAGGAGGAGGGAGAAGAUGGCGGACGAUCCCAGCGCUGCCGACCGCAACGUGGAGAUCUGGAAGAUCAAGAAGCUCAUCAAGAGCCUGGAGGCGGCCCGCGGCAAUGGUACCAGCAUGAUCUCGUUGAUCAUUCCCCCCAAAGACCAGAUCUCGCGAGUGGCAAAAAUGUUAGCGGACGAGUUUGGCACUGCCUCCAACAUAAAGUCAAGAGUGAAUCGCCUUUCAGUACUGGGAGCCAUUACAUCUGUACAGCAAAGACUGAAACUCUAUAACAAAGUACCUCCAAAUGGUCUGGUUGUUUACUGUGGGACAAUUGUGACAGAAGAAGGAAAAGAGAAGAAAGUCAACAUUGACUUUGAACCUUUCAAACCAAUCAAUACGUCGUUGUAUUUGUGUGACAACAAAUUCCACACAGAGGCCCUCACGGCGCUGCUCUCCGACGACAGCAAGUUUGGCUUUAUUGUAAUAGAUGGGAGUGGGGCACUCUUUGGAACUCUCCAAGGAAACACACGAGAAGUGCUGCAUAAAUUCACUGUGGAUCUUCCAAAGAAGCACGGCAGAGGAGGUCAGUCUGCCCUGCGCUUCGCCCGCCUGCGCAUGGAGAAGAGGCACAACUACGUGCGCAAGGUGGCCGAGACGGCCGUGCAGCUCUUCAUCUCCGGGGACAAGGUCAACGUGGCCGGGCUCGUCCUGGCUGGCUCAGCUGACUUCAAAACUGAACUGAGCCAAUCUGACAUGUUUGAUCAGCGGUUGCAAUCCAAAGUGCUCAAACUAGUUGAUAUUUCAUAUGGAGGAGAAAAUGGCUUCAAUCAAGCAAUUGAGUUGUCAACUGAGGUCCUCUCCAAUGUGAAAUUCAUCCAAGAGAAAAAGCUAAUAGGGCGAUACUUCGAUGAGAUCAGCCAGGACACGGGCAAGUACUGCUUUGGUGUGGAAGAUACACUAAAAGCUUUGGAAAUGGGAGCAGUAGAGAUCCUGAUAGUCUAUGAAAACCUGGAUAUCAUGAGAUACGUCCUGCACUGCCAAGGCACAGAGGAGGAGAAGAUCCUGUAUUUGACACCUGAGCAAGAGAAGGAUAAAUCCCACUUUACAGACAAGGAGACUGGGCAGGAACACGAACUCAUAGAAAGUAUGCCCCUCCUGGAGUGGUUUGCAAACAACUACAAGAAAUUUGGAGCAACAUUGGAAAUUGUUACAGACAAAUCACAAGAAGGAUCCCAAUUUGUGAAAGGAUUUGGAGGAAUUGGAGGUAUCUUGCGGUACCGGGUGGACUUCCAGGGCAUGGAAUACCAAGGAGGAGACGAUGAAUUUUUUGACCUUGAUGACUACUAGGUAGUCGAGCUGGGUCCGGCAACACGUGCCUCGCCCCUCCAGCAUCCAACCCAAGGAGCAAACUCAUGGUGGAAGACACAACAGAUCCCUGCCUUAGAAUUGGAACAUUUCCAGAACUUGAUCCACGAGCAUUUGGAUUUAAGAAAGCAAAACCCUACACUUUGAUUUGUCAUAGUGUCAGUACAGCAGCAAACUACUAAGUUCCUAUAUGCCACUUUGGACUAAUUUAAAAAGAAUCCCAGUUUUUACUUUUACUCAAUGGUGAAAUUGGUUGCUCUUGUAUUUUAUGGAAAUGAUUUUUUUAACCUUCAUGAUACAUUAACUGCUGUAAACCUCUUCCUUCCAAAAUUAAUAGAAGUAAGAUCCUACUGCUUUGUUUCUUUAUACUUUGAUUGGAGAAAUGAAUUGCUGCAUUUGGCAGCGCUUUGACCCAUUUACAUGGCAUUCUCAGCUUAGCCUGCAGAAGAAGUGGAACGAGGUUGGAGCCAUAAUUCUCUUCAAAAGCUUGAGGAGGCACUGACCUGAACGCUGGUUCAUUACAUGUGGCUUGCAAAUUCUGAUGGUUUGGGGAGGCUCACCAGCCAAAUGUGCUUUAAUCUAUUUGCAGAAACACUGCUCUUACAAACUAGGAAAUGCACUUCAUGGAUUGCAAUGAAAAUGCUGCUGGAGUCUUGGGCUUAAUUUGGAUUUGAGCAGUGCAGCCUUCAGGAAUUUAUUUUUUUUUCAGUCUUGACAAAAAUAAACAUGAGAUUUCAGUGAAGUAAGGUACACUUGGCUUUUUGUUCCUCAGUAAGUUUUUCUUUUUGCUUUAGGACUGCAUAAGGUUUCCUUGAUUAUGUGAAUUUGAGCCCACAGGUCUUUAAUGGAAGUGGGUGUGUGACAGGAAUACUGAGUCAGUGGAGUGAAGGCUGAAUUAGUGCUGGGAGUGUGGAAUAUUUGAUUCUGAUCCGUGGAGCACUGGCACAGCCCUGGGAACACCCAGCUCCCAGCAGUCUGCCCUGUGGGGAUGUGCCCUUCAGGGGGUAGAGGAUCACCUCUGGAUGAUCCCAGACUGCCCAGGCUUUGUGUCCUGCCUGUUCCACGGAGCAUCCAUAGAUCAGGGAGCUCAUCCUUGGGGUGUGUCCAGCCUGCUGGUGGCACUCUGAGGGUCAGGGGCCGUGCAGGCCAGGGGAGCAGUGGCUCAAGGGCAGGUCUUGGCCCAGGGGAGCAGUUGCACAGCAGAGCUCAGGUCCUGGCCCAGGGGAGCAGUGGCACAGCAGAGCUCAGGUCCUGCUCCCUCCCUGGGGGCUCUCCCAGCAUUGCUCCCGGUGCUUCCCUCAGGAGCAGCUCCUGUUCCAGCUGCAAACCUUUGCCUCUUGUCCUGGUUCACUUGAACAGAGGGAGCUUCUCUUCAAAUUUCUGCCAUGCUGUUUUUUGAGGUCCAAAAUUCCUGUCCUUGUGAGCAAUACCAUUUGUCCCCCUGGUCCCUAAUGUGGCCGGCGGCUUCGCUGCCGUCCUCACAUCCAAGCUGGAAUCUCUCCCGGGAGGUGGGGCUGGGUCUGCUCAGGGCUGAGCACAGCCCUGGCCCUCACAGCAGUAUGUUCUGGAUUUUGCCAUUGUAAAUGGGUCUAAUGUGACAUGAGAAGACCACAAAAAUUGGAUGUAAAUUUACAUUUUUGAAUAUACUGCUUGUCGUUUCACAUGAUACAUUAGGGUAUGCAGCUCCUUUUUGUAGUUUUUAUUUUUACUAUUUAAGUUUGGAAAUGAUGCCAAAUUUUUGUAUUUCUUUAAUCAAUGUGUUCUCUUCAGUGAUAUAUAUUGCAUUAUAUAUUGAUGUGUAUAUCAAUAUAUACUGAUAUGUAUUACACUUACACAUGCAAACACACUGAGUGGGGGUGGGAGAUCCUAGCCUUCGCAUACUAUAUAGCCUCUGCAGAGAGAUCCCAAGCAGUGAUAUCUUGGUGUUGUGAUGUACAGAAAUGGAGAAGAGUAUUAAACCAUAUUUAAGAAUAUA